GUGCGGCGCGGCGCACUCUGAUGACGUCACGCGGAGAGGAGGUGCAGCUUUGCCACGUCGGUUCUGAGUGCAGCGCACUGUUGCUCCUCCAGGACCAGGACUAACUUUCCGAGCCGUUUUAUGUCCCCGGGCGAGCGGCCAGCGGACCCGCAGCGUCUCCGGUACCGGUGUAACCCGUUCCCGCGUCGGUGCCGAGCCGGCUGCCGAGGCUGGAAGGAGGAGAAACCCCCGCUCGGUGCUGUUCGGACCCGCUGACUCUGAUGCAUCCUCGCUCGGCUCAGCUCUGCCCCCCCGCAUGUUGUCGGUGUUGUCUGCUCCUCCUCCUCCUGCAGAGGCCUUGCAGUGCAUGGUGGCUGUCUGAGGACGACGCUAACUGGAGACCAUGCCAGGAGGUCGCAGGGGUCCCAGCAGACAGCAGCUGAGCCGCUCCUCUCUGCCCUCCCUGCAGACUCUGGUGGGGGGCAGCGUCAGCAACGGGACCGGCCUCAGGAGCAGGAGCAGUAACUCUGUGGGUCUGUCGGCUCCUCCUCUCUCUGCUCUCAUCACUCCGGAGCCGGUGCGUCACUCCAGGAUCCCUGAGCUGCCAUUGGACGGCAGCCUGCUGUUUGAGUUCCUGCUCUUCCUCUACCUGCUGGUCGCCCUGUUUGUUCAGUACAUCAACAUCUACAGGACGGUGUGGUGGUACCCCUACAGCCACCCUGCUGCCUCUACCUCGCUCAACUUCCACCUGAUGGACUACCACCUAGCCAUCUUCAUCACCGUCAUGUUGGCCCGCAGGCUGGUUUGGACCAUCGUUUCAGAGGUGUCUCAGAGCAGCGGAGGCUCUCUGCUCCGGUACGUGGUUCUGAUCRCGGCUCGGCUCAGCCUGCUGACCCUGUGUGGCUGGGUUCUGUGCUGGACUCUGGUCAACCUGUGCCGGAACCACUCGGUGCUCAACCUGCUGUUCCUGGGAUACCCGUUCGGGGUCUACGUCCCGCUCUGCUGCUUCCACCAGGAGGGCGGGAAGAGCCAAGCGGCCACGCCCGACUGCGAGUACCCGGAGCCCCAGCAGGCCGAGCUGCUGGAGGCGCCGCUGUUCCGCCCGCGGGACUUCCUCUUCCUGUUACGAGAGAACCUGAGGGAGCAGUUCUCCAGCCCACCUCACAUGCCCACCCACACCUGCCCCGACACGCCGGAGCUGAUCCGGGCCGAGGUGGAGGAGCUGAAGAGCGACUUCAACCGGAGGAUCAAGGAGGUUCUGUUCAACUCUCUGUUCAGUGCCUACUACGUGGCCUUCCUGCCUCUGUGCUUUGUUAAGAGCACCCAGUACUACGACAUGCGCUGGUCCUGUGAGCACCUGAUCAUGGUGUGGAUCAACGCCUUCGUGAUGCUGAUGAGCCAGCUGCUGCCGCCCAGUUACUGCGACCUGCUGCACCGCUCCGCCGCCCACCUGGGCCGCUGGCAGAAACUGGAGCACGGCUCGUACAGCAACGCACCUCAGCAUGUGUGGUCAGAGAGCACCAUCUGGCCUCAGGGGGUCUUGGUACGACACAGCCGGUGUCUGUAUAAAGCGGUGGGAUCGUAUAACGUGGCUCUGCCCUCAGACGUUUCUCACGCACGGUUUUAUUUCCUGUUCCACCAGCCCCUGCGGUUCCUGAACCUGCUGAUCGGGAUCGAGUCCAGCGUGGUUCUGUACCAGCUGUACUCCCUGCUGCGCUCCGAGCGCUGGAACCACACGCUGUCCCUGGGCCUCAUCCUCUUCUGCAACUACUACGUCCUCUUCAAGCUGCUGCGGGACCGCAUCGUUCUGGGCCGGGCCUACUCCUGCCCCCUCGCCCCCAACGGCUCGGGACUCAAGUCGCAGUGAGGGACCUGCAGACCCGGACCGGCCCGGUCAGGGCGGGUCAGACUGUGAACUCACGUUGUGUUUUGAUACGGUUCUAUUUUUAAUGCCAUGUUUAUAUUGACCUAUUUAAAGAAUAUUUUAUUUUGUAUACAGUUUUUGUGUUACUCCGGGCAUUACCGCGCCGGGGGGAGGGGGUGGGGUGCCUGGGGGUGAAAUCCACCAAAGAUCUUUGAAGUGCAAGUGGCCAAUCAGAGGUCAGGCUCCACCUGUUAGUCCUGAUUCUUCUUUCUUUAGAUGGAAUAAAUCAGCUUUGGGACAGAAAUCUGUCUUUUUUAAGAAAUAUUUUGUCGUUUUGUCAAAUAUUCAGCAGAAGAGAAGGAGAACAUCUUAUCUCUGACUUUUUAAUUUGAGAUAAUUUACCUUUAAAUGCAUGAUAAUUCUUUACCCUUCGUAUUUUAAAGGCCUGCUCAGCCUCGCCGGAUCAGUUCCAGCUCAGGGGUUCUGUUGGGAGGACUCUCAGCUACCACCACACCAAAUCUUCUUAUUGGUCAUUUUUGCUAAGUUUUUAGCAAAGCUUUCAUUAAAAUCUCUUUAAUAGUUAAUGAGAUAUUUUGCUGACAGUCUCAGGCAAAUACAAAAUCUCAAAGUUUUGUUUUUAUCAGGCUGGUUUGUCGGAGCGUUCGGGACGAAUAGAAAUAAAAAAUUAUUUUCAUUAUUUUUGAGAUUAAAGUCAAGUCAUUGAGGAAAAAUGGGAAACAGCUCAUUAUUUUUGUAGCUAAAGGUUGUGCAGCACUUCUACUGGACAGACAGCUUUUUCCUGAUUCARUUGGGGAUCCACAACUUCCUGCUGCCCUUCACAAUAAGAGUCUCAAAUGCUCUCAGUUCAUCUGAAGGUUAUAAAACAAUUAUUUUUUAUUGUUUUUUAGUAAAACUCAAACUGAUCUAAACCAUUAGGAAUUUUGACGAGCUUGUUAAAAUUAAACAUCUUUUUCCUCAACAUUUUAAUUUCUUUGAGAUCAAAAACAAAAAAUGUUAUUUUAUUGUUUAAGGUCCUAAAAGUUCAGAUCAAACCUGAUGUCUCUMAGUUUAUCAUAGUGUCAAAUUAGUGGCAUCUUUUAAUUCUUUAUUUUUUUAUGAAAUGUUAAAGUAUUUCUUAAAAAAUCUUGAUUUUUGUUUUUUUUUCCUACCAAAGCAGAGAAACUUUUAAACCCAAUCUGAGAACAUCAGAAAAGAUCGAUUUUAUUUUCAGACUCAUUUCAGUUUUUCAGAAACCAGUUUUUUUUUCCAACAUGUUAAAAUUUGUUWAAAUGUUUUCAGGAUUCAAAAAGCACAUGAAAAAUUAACGUUUGGAAAUUUCCCCUCAUAGUUCUUCAGUUCUUCCCUCUUAUUUUGAAAGGCUSAGACUGACUUCCUGUGUUCAUUCAGUCACUGUUCAUUUCAUUUCUGAAUGUUUGAGAUAAAAUAAACUUUUAUAAAGUUUUCCA